AUGCCUCAUCGGAGCCUCAAUCGGCCAGGCCCUCACUUGAUUAUCAUCAGCCACAUUAUCAUCGUGCUCCUCCAGAGCAUAGCUGACCAAACAGCAUUCUCCUUAAUUGCCAGCGCCCGCACAUUUCAUCAAAUCAAGGCGACGGUUAAAGCUGGACUAGUGCCUGCGUUGACACUCUCCUGGGCCCUUUCUCCAAUUUGUGUCCUAAUUGCACCUUUCUUGCUACCACCACCGACAUGGACGGUGUGUUUCCUAGCUGUAGUCUUUCUUCUUGCCACAUACAUCAAUACAUCAGUCAAGCUGAAACGACUUGCGGCCUUACGAAAGCGAUACGGGGCAAGACAAGCCGCGGAACAGGGCGUACGAUCGCCGCACGAAGAUAGCAGUGACACUUCUACAGGAGAGGAGAAGGCUUCAGCUACCGAUCCAGGCGACAAUUAA